GAACCAAUUAAGGCACACAAUUAUUAACAUCACAUACAUAUAUAAGGUAAGUGGAGGCGAAAACGCGUAAAUCCCGCAAAGGACAAUCAGUCUAAACGGACGCGUUGCCGUUGCACACUUCACGCUGGGUAAUUGCAUCGACGCGGUCGCUGUUGUGCCACACAAUCUCGUGCAUCAAUUGAGAGGUGGCGCCAAGAUGUCUCCGACGCUCUACUAUCUACCGCCGAGUCCGCCAUGUCGCGCCGUCUUGUUGUUGGGCAAAAUGCUGAACAUUGAUUUCGAUUUGAAGAUCGUCAAUGUCUUGGCUGGGGAUCAAUUGAAACCGGAAUUUCUGCAAUUAAAUCCGCAACACUGCAUACCGACGAUCAACGAUGAGGGGCUUGUGUUGUGGGAGAGUCGCGCCAUUUUACAAUAUCUAGCCGCAGCUUAUGCCAAAGACGAUACACUCUACCCGACAGAUGUGCGAGUUCGUGCUUUGGUCGAUCAGCGAAUUCACUUUGAUUUGGGCACACUGUAUGCGCGCAUGUUUGACUAUUAUUUACCUACUGUACUCUGGAGUGCUCCUCUAGAUGAAUCGAAAAAACCGCGUUUAGCCGAAGCUUUCGAUUGGUUCAAUAGCGCUUUGAAGGGUCAUGAAUUCGCGGCAACAGAUCACUUUACGAUUGCCGAUCUCACCUUGUUGGUUACCGUUUCGCAAUGUGAAGCUUUUGGUUUCGAUGUGGACGCCUACAAUCGGGUUAAGCAUUGGUUGCGUCGCUGCAAGGACUACAUGACGCCCUACGGUUAUGAGGAAAUAAAUGGCAGCAAGGCCGUUGUCUUGGCCGACAUGUUUCGAGCAAAAACAGAGAUCCCUUAAUUUGAAAGUUGAUUAAACAUUUUGUUGUUGUCAAAUAAUGUAAAUGUGGGAUAUUUUGCUGUUUUCGUGGUAAAAAAAUAUAUUUUAAAAUUAAUUUAGAUUAUUAGUACAAAGCUAAGAAAAACAAUAUUCAAGAAUUACAUUAAUUUGUAAAUUUUAAUUAUUGUCGAAAAUGUUGUUAGAUGAAAAUGAAGAAAUUUUGUAUUACCAUGAAAGCAGAAAUAUACCCCACAUCUCUUAUUCAGUUACUUGUAGUAGUUCAAUUUAAAAUUCUUAGUAAAAAUAAAAAGCACCCCAGUAGUGAGAAAGCACAAAGCAAUAUGGUUGUCUAGAAGUUCUUAAAAUUGAAAUAAAAAUGAAUUAUGAAGCAACAUGACGUACAAAC